CACUCGUCGCAUUCUAUCCAUCACUCCAUUCUAUUUACAUCUUAUCCAUCUAUCCACUCCUACAGACACUUACUGUAGUUACCCUUACUGUGAGUAAGAAAUACACCAAUCCUUUUAUCCAUGGAACCACAACACCGCGCUCCCGCUCCGGCGUUGCAUCAGGUGGUGGCGCUCACGCUCGUCUACCAGAGACUCGCCGUCGUCGUCGCCGCCGCCCCCGCUGCGUUCUUCGUGCUGCCGUUCGUCUCCCGCGUCUUCCUCGGCACCUUGCAAUGGGUCACUCGGGGACACGCUGUCUUCUUUCUCCUACUCUGGCUGGCACUCUACCUGGCCGCCUACCGACUCAUCCAUCAGCUAGCCUCCUCCCGCAUUGCCUUGGAAAAAACCUUGCGGAACAACGCGACAAGGUUGCCCCUCCUUUCCGGAUGGACCAGUUUCCUACUCGCACGCUACGUCUGGGGACCCGUGGCAACCGCCAUGGCCAUACCCGAAACACUCCCGGUUCUUUCCUUCCGGGCAGCCUGGCGAACGGCACUCUCCCUCGCAUUGCUCGGACUCUCCGUACUGGCUCGUUACGUCGGACCCAAGUCCAUUGUCCGUUGCUCUCCGUUUCCACUCAUCCUCAAUCCACUCCGCCUCUGGUUCCACCAUCCGUUCGUCCACCUAGACCCCAAAGAUCAUUCUCAGCUACAACCCGACAACCGUGGACGUCGAUUACAGAGUCCCACGCUGGCCGCCACGGUCGCCCAAUGUACCGUGGCACUCAUCGUCGGCGUUAUCCUGGCCCACAUCAACACAACAGUACUCACACGGUACACGAAACCGUCACUCGACAACGAUCCCGUCGUGGCCACCGCCAUCCUCACGGCUUGUAUCUGGACGAUUGCCGGUCCCCUCGUGUGGACAGCGUUGGACGGCGUUUCCCACGAAUUCGACCCACGUCCCUACCAACCACAACACCACCUCAACGCCCAAUCAAUCAACCUCAUGCUGCGCAACUUGACGAAAAAGCUGGUUCUGCAGUCGUUACUCAUACCCGCCGUCUCUAUCGCAUUCGCCUUGGCUUGGUGGCACCCGACACGACACACCACCCACUGGUUCGGCUUGUACGCCACUCUGGGCCUGUCGAGCGCACUCGUAGCCUUGUACUUGGGCGCGCUGGAAGAAGCCCUGCGCUGGUCACUCUUCCAUCCACCGGCCGACUGGACCGCGCUCGUGGCGCAACUCGCCGACGACUCCUCGAUGGAACGACAACUCGGUGUCCUACUGUACAGUGUCCUGCAAGACACGGACAUUGUCGCGGAAGUUUGCCGACCAACGAGCCGACCGGGGGUCACAAACCUCGACACGGAAGAGUCCCGGCGACAAGAACGACUCGUCCGAGACAUGAGUAUCUUCUUGUCUUCCAAAAGCAACCGUGCCACCCCCGAAGUCCCCUUGGAAGAAGACGUGUUGCGGUUGACCAUCCUGGAGUCGUUAGGCGGGUCUGAACGGCAACCACUAAAUGCGAACGCAUCGUCCGCUCGACACAACGCCAAUGUCCGCGCAUGGGUGGAUUGGAAGCUUCCCAAGAAUGCGAACUUCACCGACGGCCCACCGGAACCCUUGAUCGUUCCCUUGGUGCGAGCGCUCUGUGUUUACAUUGGCGGUCUCGGAGAAACACUCAUUUCCCGUACCCAGCGAGCGCGUUCCGAACCGAACAACACCUGGAUACUUCCGCCGGGGAUGCUGACAUGCGCGGACUGGGCGUUGCGGGCAUUGUCCCGCUGCCUGAUCUUCUCCUUGACGGGACCCGACGAAAAACCCUUGGCCGACUGGCAUAGUACGCAUGUCGCCAUGCUCGUGCCCGCCGCCAUGCAGGCAAUCUAUCUUUUGCGCCGUGGAUGUCAACAGUUUGGACACACAACGCUGGUGGCGGCAUGCGACGACACGGCUUCCGCCACUAUCCGCUGCCUGACCACAACGUACCGAGGUCGCGUCGAUCUCGUUGGAUUGGAACCCGAGCCCUUGGCCUGGGUGCAGUCGCUUGUUUCGGCACCUUCGUCGCGGAACUCGCAAGCGCUUGUUGUAUCCGUGUCCCACAAGAUGGAAUAA